AUGACGAAUCCGCACGUUGAGCCAUCCUUCGCCGACAGAGCCGACUUUGAAAACGCUCAGCGUGGCUUCAUCAGUGCCCUCGACCCCUGCAUCAUCACUGCUGAAGACGGACGUGUCGUAUGGAACAACGAAGAAUACAAUUUUCUCAGAUCCGAGUGUCCGGCGACGGCCAACCCGAAACUAUGGCGUCAAGGCCAGUUAGCUUCCAUGCAGGGACUAUUCAAAGUCACGGAAGGAGUCUACCAAGUCCGUGGACUUGAUCUCUCAAAUAUGACUAUUGUCGAGGGAACUGAAGGCGUCAUUGUCAUCGACCCUUUGACAGCGGUAGAAUGCGCUGCCACUGCCCUAUCCUUGUACCGGCAGCAUCGCGGCGACCGGAAUGUCACGGGUGUGAUCUAUUCGCAUUCGCAUAUAGAUCAUUUCGGCGGCGCACAAGGAAUUCUCCCUCUCGCCAAAAGUCAUGAUAUCCCGAUCAUCGCGCCAGAGGGGUUUAUGGAAGAAGCUCUGAGCGAGAAUUUCUAUGCCGGUAAUGCUAUGCGGCGUCGUGCUGUCUUCAUGUACGGGACUGCUUUGCCCAAGGGCCCGGAGGGUCAAAUUGGUUGUGGAUUAGGCAUGGGAGUGCCGACUGGAGUCAACUCGCUCGUUCCACCAAACGUCACUAUCUAUAAAACAGGCGAGGAAACUGUUGUGGACGGCGUACGGAUUGUGUUCCAAAUGGUCCCUGGCUCUGAGGCACCCUCCGAGAUGAACUUUUUCUUCCCAGAUCACCGGGCAUUGUAUAUCGCCGAGUGUGCCACGCACAGCCUGCAUAAUAUCAUCACGCUUCGCGGUGCACAAGUGCGAGAUUCCAAGGCUUGGUCGCAAUAUCUGGACGAAUCGCUCUCGCUUUAUGGACAUUCAUCGGAUGUUCUUUGCGCGGGGCACGCGUGGCCGACCUGGGGCGAAAAAGAAAUCUCGGACCUUUUAUCAGAUCAACGCGAUAUGUACGCAUUUCUCCAUGAUCAAACUGUGCGCAUGAUGAAUAAGGGAUUAUCGGGGAUCGAGAUCGCCGAGGUACUCACUCUGCCGCCGUCGUUGCAAAAGAAAUGGUACUGUCAAGGAUUCUACGGAUCCGUCAGUCACAAUGUCAAGGGUAUCUAUCAAAGAUACAUUGGCUGGUUUGAUGGAAACCCUGCUCAUCUUUGGGAGCACCCUCCGAAGGAGAAUGCAGCAAGAUACAUUGAAUGCAUGGGAGGAAUCGACGAGGUUGUUCGGAAGGCAGAGGAAUUUGCAGAGCGAGGCGACUUGCGAUUCGCCGCGACCUUGCUAGGCCAUGCUGUAUCGCACGAUGCGACUCACACCAGCUCCAAAAGAGCCUUGUCUGGCGUAUUCACAAAACUUGGAUAUGGAACGGAGAAUGGAACUUGGCGUAAUUUUUAUUUGACCGGGGCUCGAGAGUUGGUUGCUGAGAAGGCGCCCCAGCCACGACAGAAUAUGGGCAAUCAAAUGCGACCAACGCAGACUGUCGAUCAAUGGCUAACUCUGCUUUCGAUCCAAUUGGAUGGUUUCAAAGCUGGGGACUCGGUAAUUGCUGUUGACAUUCAUGUGAUUGAUGAGGACACAUGGUAUAGAGUCAACAUUAGCAACGGGGCUUUGACCCAUAGAGUAGCUUCGGGUACUGGGGAAUUCGGAGGAAAACCGGGUCUUACUCUGGAACUCAAGAAGAUUGAGCUUCUAGGGGUGCUCAACGGGGAAGAAAAGCAGCAAGCGGUGCGAGAGGGGGAUUGGUCAUUGGUUCCCCAGCUUUUGUCAUUGGUGGAACACGCCAUCCCAACAGGUACGAAGAAAGUACAACUAUAA